AUGUACAUUAUCACACGAAAGGGCCCUAUUUACGACCCGGGUUUGUGUAGAUGUUGUGGUGGAAUAAAGAAAUGUCGCUUACUGAACGUGGAAUACGAAUGGCAGGGUCGUAAAGAAAUUUAUUCAGAUUUAUUUGUCGAUUGUUUUGGACUAUUGCUAUCACAUUUGGAUGGAGAGGCGGUAGAGCGUUUAAUCUGCGCCACUUGCGUCUCCCGGCUCAGAGAGGCGACUUUAUUCCGGGAACAGGUGCUGCAAUGUGAAGAGAGACUGUUACGAACCAAGCUACAAAGUGAAGGCGACAAUGACUUGGAUGCUGUGAAAAUAGAAGAUGAUAUUAAGACAGAAUGUCUGAUGAUGUCCAAUGAAGAUAUAAACGAUCAUAAUGAUGUUAUAGACGAUAUUAAGCCUGAAACUAAAAAAAGAAAAUCCGUGAAGCAGAAGAUAAAGAAGAGAAGAAUUGAGAACGAUUGUGAUUUGAGGGAAGAAGAUUUAUACAAUAGCAGAAGAAUUAGCGAGAGAUUGAAAGAACUUGAAAGUGUUGAUCUACCAGAAUCGACGCAAGCUCGCAACGAAAUCAAAAUGGAUGAUUCCAAAACUUAUACAAAUAUCGUUACAAUAGUUGAAAAUUCGUACGCAUGUCCAUUCGAGACUUCCUUCAGCGAUUAUUUCUGUGUGUAUUGCAGACAUCUAUUUACAGAUCCUAAUAAAUUAAGAGAACACACUCUUAGUCAUGAUCCGCUAACCUUCAAGGAAAUUCUGUCAAAUAGUCCCAACAACAAAAAAGUCCAAAUAGACAUAUUUAGGAUAGACUGCAGGCUGUGCCCACAAGUUAUAAACAAUUUGGAAACACUAAAAGAUCAUUUGAGCAACUCUCAUCAGAUAAAUUUAAAUUUAGUGUCAAAUGAGUUCCUAAAAUUUAGACUAACAUCCGGUUCGAUUGCGUGUCUAGAGUGCAACAAUACUUUCAGCUUUUUCCACGCGUUAAAGAAGCAUAUGGCUGAGCAUUUCGGUACGUGCAUAUGCGAUGUAUGCGGCGCGCAUUAUUUCGAAGAGCGCAUGCUCGUUUUGCACCAGAAAACGCACCAAAAGAGCGAAGAAUGCUUCACAUGUAAAGACUGCGGGAAGAAAUUCAAAUCGAAAUACUCGAGAUACAUCCAUAUUGCGAGAUUGCAUAAGAAAGAAGCUGCGUAUCAAUGCAGCAAGUGUGAUGAAGUCUUCUUCUCAUAUACAUUGAGAUAUAGACACAUGAUAGAUACUCACGGCGAAGAAAGGACAUUUCAAUGCGAGCAAUGUGAUCGAGCUUACGACAGCAGGAAGUCUUUACGCGAGCACAAUAGACGUUUCCACCUAAAAAUCCUCAAGCAUCAGUGCGAAUUAUGUGAUAAAAGAUUCUAUUUACCCUCCAGACUAAAAGAACAUAUGGCUAGCCAUACUGGGGAAAGAAAUUUUCGUUGUGAGUACUGCGGAAAAAGCUACCCGCGGCUUCGAGGUCUGAAGGUCCACAUGCAAUCACACAGUAGCGACAAGAAAUAUAAAUGCGUUAUGUGCAAUGCGUCAUUCGCACAGAACGUGAAUCUAAAGAAUCACAUCAAGAGGCAACACCAAAGCUUGGACAUAGAAUACCACGACUGA